AAGAUAAGCGUUGUAAUUUAGUUUUUUUUUUCGCUCUCUCUCGUCCUCUCUUAUUCCACGAAUGCGUUCACUUUUGUCUGAUAUGCGGAGAAGAAUUGUGGCAGCUUUUUAUUAUAUCGCUCAGCUCCUCAGCUCAGUUGCGCUGGCAGAGCAGAGUAGAGACGAACGUGUGAGUGUUGAUUAUCACCGCGCUCUGUGUGUACCUGUUUUGGUGGAUGCGAUUCAUCAUGGCCUAUAGGAGUUAUCGCGUGGUCAACCACAGACCCAAUGCAGCCAUUGCCAGCAGCACGUAGUAGGAUUUAGUCAGUUCGUUUUGCGCCGCAUUUGAAAACGAAAGUUCGUGCGCUUGUUCCCGUCCCCAUUCCACACGAUGCCAAUCGAUCUGUACUGCCACAUAGUGGCACCAGUCUGUCGAUCGGUGAUGCUACUGGCCAAGGCCCUCGGAAUUGAACUGAACCUAAUCGAAACGGAUGUUCUGAAAGGUGACCAACACAAGCCAGAAUUUCUAGCGCGAAACCCGCAACAUUGCAUUCCAAUGCUGGUGGAUGGCGACGUGGUCGUGUGGGAAUCGAACGCCAUUCUGAUGUAUCUGGCAGAGAAAUAUGGAACCGUGGACAAAAUGUACUACCCGAGAGAUAUAGCGGAACGAUCGACGGUGAAUCGGUUACUGUUCUUUCAAAUUGGCACACUCCAUCGGGCACUUUCGACCUACUACUAUCCAAUACUGACCGGAACGGGCGAAGGGAAACCAGAGGAUUUUCGCAAAAUUCAAGAUGCAAUUUCUGUCAUGGAUAAGUUUCUCGAAGGCAACAAAUGGCUGGCUGGCGAACAGCUGACCGUGGCGGACUUCAGUAAUGUGGUCAGUGUGGCCUCACUGGAUGGGGUGAUCAAGUUCGAUCUGUCCGCCUACAAGAAUGUGUUCCGCUGGUACCAGCAGUGCAAACGAGAACUUCAAGGAUUCCAAUCGCUCACGAUGGAAGCGGUCGCUCGAUCCCAGGAAUGCAUCGAGGCGUACUGUCGCUUUAAACGGAACGAACUCAUCCGAGCUCAGGAAGAACAGUGCUGUGAAGCCGCUAGUGGCAGUAGUUGUAGUAAAAAGGAUGAAAGGCCCCCUUGUAGGGAUUAACGACAGUUGCCAGUGUUUUCUUUUGAUCAGAAAAUAAUCGCCCUCCGAGUACAAAAAUCAGUGGCUCGUGUGCUAUCAGUUGUAGUGUUAUUUUUCUUAUCAGUUUGUCGCAACAAAGUGUGUGAACGCCGGAAUGAAGUAAACGAUACUUUUUAUCGAUGGUUAAUCGAGAUUAGAGAAGACGUCGUUCAAAGAAUUCAAGUGCCUGCUGUGAAAGAAUUUGAGUAAAAUUUUUUGAACUUAAGUCGGAUUAAAAGAAAUCACUGAUACAAGCUUUGGUUAUCAAUUUUUACUCUCAUCGUGACGCGAAUAGCAAAACAUUUAACCUGUGCGCACAUCGUUACGAUGGCAACGAAGCAAACAUUGCACACAAACAUGCUUAACUGUUGAAACAAAAAAAAGUGCUGUUCAGAGCUUUUUAGAGACAACAAUCGAUCGAACAGAUCAAACAGUUCUAUGGGGAAAAACGCGGAAGCAAAAUUUUUA